AUGUCCAACACGCCGGAUCUAGAAAAGGAGGAGUGUGAUGGCGACCCCGUCGUUCUGCGCCGCCGUUCCGAUUCCAUCUCAGCUGAGAGCGUGCAUACCCAGAAUCCCGCACCCGCGUUGGCGUCCCAAUCCCUCCAGCCUGUCGAAUCUCAGGACCCCUUCAUACCUCCAGACGGCGGGCUCGUGGCAUGGAGCCAACUCAUCCCGGGCAUCGUCGCCAACGCCCUUAGCUGGGGCUAUGGAGCGGCCUUCGGCGUCUACCAGCUCCACUACAAACAGACGACGGACUGGUCCUCGUCCCAGAUCUCGUGGAUCGGCUCCAUCCAGACCUUCCUCGUCUUCUUCGUCUGCGGCCUGUCCGGCCGGCUCACCGACGCAGGCUUCGUCCGGUCCACCACUGUCGUCGGCGUGGUCCUGGCCGCGUUUGGCACCUUCAUGACCAGCCUCGCGACGCAGUACUGGCACUUCAUCCUCGCCCAGGGCAUCUGCACCGGCGUCGGGCUGGGCCUGCUCUUCAUGCCCGCCGUCACCGUGCUCAGCACCUACUUCAGGCGGAAGCGCGCCUUCUUGCUGGCCCUCGCCGCCACGGGCACGAGCCUGGGCGGCAUCGUCUUCCCGGCUACCGUGCAGUAUCUCAUCCCGACUAUCGGCUUUGCUUGGGCCGUCCGCGUGCAGGGCUUCAUCGUGCUGGGCAUCGGCGCUGUGUCGAUCACGAUGCUCCGCCCGCGCUUGCAGCCGCGAAAGGCCGGCCCUUUCAUGGAGUUCGCGGCCUUCAAGGAGCUACCGUACGUGCUGUAUGCCUGCGGUGCGUUCUUCUUCUUCUGGGGGCUGUAUUUUGGCUUCUUCUACAUCAACACGUACGCUCGCACCGUCAUCGGAUUCGAGACGACGUCCUCGAUCCAGCUCCUCCUCAUCACCAACGCCAUGGGAAUACCAGCUCGCGUCUUCAGCGGCUAUGUCGCCGACUAUGUCAUCGGCCCUAUGAACACCUACAUCGUCGGAGGCGCCAUCGUCGGGAGCAUGAUCUUCGCGUGGAUGGGCGUCCACGACAGGACAGGCAUCUACGUCUACUCUGCCUUUUACGGCUUCGCGGUGGGAGCUGCGCAGGGUGUCUUUAUCGGCUCGCUGGCCAGCCUGACCACCAACGCGAGAAAGUUGGGUACCCGGGUCGGCAUGGUCAUCACGAUUGGCGCCUUUGCCUCGCUGGCGGGUGCCCCGACGGCUGGUGCCAUUAUCGAUCAGGACGGCGGGAGGUACCGCUACGCACAAGUCUGGGGAGGGCUGGUGUUCCUGACUGCGUCCAUGCUGAUCGCCGCAGCAAGAUUCGUGCGGACCGGAUUCAAGCUCUUCAUAAAAAUAUGA